AAAGAGCCUAAUACGACUGCGUCAAGGUCAAGUCUGCGCGACAUGGCCGCUGUUAGAGAUGGGUUGUCAAAACCAGGGGAUGACAUCGACCGGUUAGCUCUACGAAUAAGUCUUGCUGAUAUUGAUGAACAGUUCGAAAAAAUUCUCCAAAAAUCAUUGGUUUUUAUCUUGAAAUAUUUGUCGAAGUAUGAAGAUCAUCGGAAAAAACUCAUGGAACUUCUUGGAGACGUGACUCGGAGACUCAAAUGCAGACCUAAUAUUCAGGUUCCUGUACACGAAUUGUUAUUAAGCUACAAUGAUCCAUCAAACUCAGUGUUUUUGGUUAAUUUCUCUCAUAUGUAUAUAAGAAUAGGAUUUCCACGUCUACCUAUUCGACAGAAAAUUAAGCUAUUUCCAAUAUUGUUUGCAUCGCUUUCUGAUGAUAAACCCAUUUGUCAAAGGGAUGGUUUACUUCAUCUAAUAUUGCCUAUUGUCGAUAGUCUCACUAAUGAAUUGGCCCCACGUGACUUAUGUUUCAACGAACUUCUUUAUCAAAGACGCUACAUUUCAGACUUUUUCUCCUUAGUGAUGCUUCUACCUUAUAAUUUUCAGAAACUUAUUAGAUCAGAUAGAAGUGAUGCAGCUAUCCCCGACGGGUUCAAUUCAUUCGAUAUGGGUAGGGUGUUACACGAACGGUUUACCUGCAUAACAUCCGCUGAAGACCUGGAAAAGUUUAAAGUGGGUAUCAUGACAUUUUACACCCGUCGCUUUUUCCCUGCGGAGGAAAGCAUAAUGCCAGUUCUUUUUGGAUACGGAGACAGUCGCCACUCAGUGGUCUCCAUAGCAGCAAAAGAACUCCGGACAUUAAGCAUUCUUGUAGAUUGGGAGGAUGAGUCACUAUUAAAUCGACUCCUAGCUUGGUAUCUUGGUCGUCGUCGAGAUUUCGAUCCCAAAGGACGUAAUGAGCCUCGUCGUCCUCUCAGCCCCAAUAUGCGCAUCAAACUUGGGCAUUACCUCAUGCGUUCGCGUAUCACAUUUCCAGGCCCUCUAGCUUCUAGCUUGGUGGAAGCUGCUAUGCUAGCUCUUGAACCAAGUUCAUCAGUGCAGUCGAGUAUGCUUCCAAAUUCUGUUCAGAAGUGUCCAACUAACUGCAUUCAUGCUCCAAUUGAGAAUGGUUCUGCACCAGAUGCUGAUUUUGGAACUUAUCCACAAAGUACCAGUAGAACUCAGACAGAUGAAACAUUACCUACCAGUACAUCUGCAAAUCCUGCCUGUUCUUCAACUUCAGUCAUUCAGCAGCGCCGCUUAGCUGAGCAUGGGCUAGAUUUACUUUCUCAUCUCAUCAAUAAUGUUACGACUCUAAAUGGAUCAGCAUCUAUUGCUGCUCUUCGAUGUCUUAUCAACUUUGCUUACGAACGUACGAGUGAUGAGUUAACAUAUGUACGGGCAAGAGCAUUCGAAAUACUUUCCCGCUUUUUGGCUCGUGAUCCAAACUAUUUGCUUAAAGAUCCUGGUCAGCUACCUCGUUUGUUCGAUGUCUUAUCUGAGGAGAAUCCUGCUGAACUGAAACUUGCUGCAGCCCAUUGUUUGAGAAGGCUUGCAGUUGCUUUACACAAUGCGCAAAAACAAAAUUGUCUUUCUAUUCGAGGACACUUGGUUAAAUUGGAGCGUCUUCUCUAUGAAAAUAUUGAGAAGCCUGACCCCCUAAGUCGUCUAGUUGCUGUCAACUUUGCUGGUUUAAUAUAUCCAUCCGAUCACAUCCCUACAAGAUAUCUUAUACUUCAGGCACUUGGAGACAAGGAUCCUCGUGUAAGAGCUGAAGCAUGUGUUGCCUUCGAACAGUUUCUUGAUCCGAAUAUUAUUCACGACAUCGUCUAUGGACGCGUCAAACUACCAUCUUUCGUUGAAUUUGUGAAUCAUGAUACCCAACAUUCACGUAAAAACCCGUUUGUUGAAGUAGAGCGUCUCAUACCGGUUGUUCAGUUUAUUCGUUUGUGCCUGUUGGCGACUCACGGCGGACUCACACCUGCACAGGAGGCUGGGCUUACAUAUGAAACGGAAGAGGAGGUGCGAUAUUUGAUUAACCAAACUGUAAGAUACUUUCUGUCAGCUGGAAAUUCGACAACGAGCGUCUCUCAAACUCCUCUUUCAGUCAAUAACACAUCAACUGUAUCUACUACUUCAACAACUAACCCUGUUUCCACAAGUUCAAAUGUUCCAGUUAUUAAUCCUGAACAAGCAAAACGCAGUAUCGACACUUAUUUUCGUCUUAUUCAAGUGGUUAUUUUCACGCGAUCUCAACACACUAAAGAUUCUCCAGAUUUUCCAAAUUAUCUAGAAGAAGUUUUGGUUGGCAAUACCAAAGAAUUGAUUACAUGUAACAAACAACUUUUUGAUCGUAUGAAUAACGUGUUGUUGGCGACCCCCAGAGGAGCAAGUUGUCGUCACGCUUGUGCUUCUGUUUACAGCGUAGUUGUUAUGGAAACUGAAGCACCUUCACAGGCUCUGCAAACAGCAAAAGGUAUGCUUGCUGCACUUCCUAACCCAGGCACUGUUAUCGACGGUGAAUCGUCUCAUGCAGUUCAGGGCAUGUUCAUGGGCGCAGCUUAUCUUCUGGAACGGUUAUUUACAGCUUAUGUUGUGCCGUUUAAUUCCGUUGUUGCCUCUUCCAAAACCAAUAAACCGUCUUCAACUGAACAAACAAAAAAAGGAAAGAAAGAAAAAAAUCAAAAUUACAGAAACCUCCAAACUGAUAUUAUUAAAACCAUAGAGGAACUGCUCAGUUUAAUGGAUGGGUUUUUGGUAAAGCCUAGCCAACUUGUUGAUAGCCUAAAAAUCAACAACACAAAAACUACUCUGGCCAAUGAUGGGUUCUGUUAUGUUAAUUCUAGUGUAUCACAAGCUACAGUGGUUGCAUUGCUCGAAGCACUCAUGGUUAUUGGAAGGGCCGGUUGUUUAUCGCAUCUUCCGUCUGGUGCAUUACCCAUUGAAGGUAAUAAUUCGACAGCCUCAUUAUUGAGUUCUAAGGCUUCAUUUGUUCACCGAAUUGUAUCAUAUCUGCCAUCUGUAAAUGAAGAACGCUCCUCAUCGUCACUCAGGUAUCCAAGAGUUUCACAAGCUGCUCUCCGGACAUUAGCAGCUGUCUGCAUGGGUGAAGGCUACCAAACUACAAAAGACGAGACGUCUAAUUCUUCAGAAUGUCAAGGAACAGAAAACCUAAAACCUAAAUGUCACCCUCACAUAAUUCCUAUUAUGAAGAUUAUGGUUGGUACAGCUGAGAUUGACGACCCAAGUCUUCAUUUAGCUGUUGGGACUGCUUUAGCAGACUGCAUUCUUGGACCUAUAUCACCCUAUCGAUUUCACUGGUAUGAAAGGGUUUAUCCUCUUGUCAUUCCAGCACAUGGUUUAAAUAGUGUUCUUACGGGACCGAAUGCUAGAUGGUUGGCAGAACAGCUUCGAUCACUACUCACCCCUCGCCCAGGACAAGUUCAAACACGACCAGUGACAAUUGCUGCAACUUUAUGGAUUCUUAAUUUAGUACGGCGUUUGGGUCCACUUCCGAAAUCGCUACUUUCUUACCAGUUACUUAUUAAUCUUUUGGACGAAAAAGACGAGUCAGUCCAGUGUGUUGUUGUUGCAACGUUGGGUUUAAUUUACGAUAGAAGUUCCGAAGAUGAACGUUCAGAGCUUAUUACAAGUUUAACACAAGCAAUCGGAGAUAAUAAAAAAUCUAGUUCUCCAGUUUAUCAUGAACUGUGCUCUUUAGCUCAGCAAAUCGGACGCCCAGACCUGGCUUUAUCAUUGAUAGUGUUAGCUAUCGCUCUUCCGUCAACAUCACGUAACGCCAAUUCUUCUGGUACUUCUCAAUCCGGAAGUUGUUUUUCUAAUAUAGCAUUCAACUUGGCUUCAAGUGUCACUUAUUCAAGUCUAGUUCGACGACUUGGUAGAUCUUUAGCUCCAGCUCUCCCGCGACUUGUACCCCGGGUAUUUGUUCGUCGUUUUGAUUUUGCUCGACCUAAACUUCGUCAGGCGAUGGAGAAUCUUUGGCUUGGUCUUGUUUUAUAUGCAACUAAUUCGGCAACACCAUUCCUAUCAACGAACACUUCGUAUCAUAAUAUGUCAAGUUCGACAUCAAUAACAAGUUCAACCAAUCAAAAUAAUCAGUUGUCGUCCCCUGCACCAAAUUCAUUACAUUCGUUAGUUUCGGAAAUGGUUGAAGCACAUUUCAAUGCGAUUGUGUGUGAGAUCAAAACCCAACUAGGAUUUAAUACAUUAAGUUUUCAUGCAACGCAAAUGAAUGGUACUUCCUCCCAACCAACGACGAACGUUUCUGAUGGUUCGGGGAUAAUGUCAACAAAUAAAGUGACCACAAACACUAUUUCCCCAAGUAAUAGUACAGGUACACAAAACAUUUGGUUAAGAGAUGCCUGUUGUUUGGCUAUAAGUAGUUUAGCUACACAUCCUUCAGCUGAUAAGCGUCUUGCUGGGCAUUUACCCGCUCUUUUAUCUGGACUCCUUAAUUUAUGUGAUGAAUCUGAAGCAAGUGAUACGUUUGAAAGUGAUAAUUCAGGCAUCACGACUCCUGCUGAAGAAGCUGCUAUCACUGUACAGAAACUUGUUAUACGCGUUCUGGAAAAUCCCUGCUCUCGUGAAGCAGCAACUGGACUGUUGCCUGGUUUACUUCCAGUGAUUAUUGAGCGUGCUCCGUGGUCACUAAGUUCAGAAACAGCUUCGAACAAGAGUGGCCGUCAACCUCCCAGUGAAUUACGAAGACUAGCACUUGAACUUCUUUUAGCAGCUGCACGUACGGCACGUCCAUCUGCAUUACGUCCUGCUCUUCCACAGCUUGUUUUAUCGGGUUUACAAGCAAUGUCUUCUAUCCAUCCAUCUAUUGUUGCUAAUUUAAUGCGGCAGCCUAUUCACCAUUUACAUAUUUAUUCACAAGCUGCUCCAAAUUCAUUGAGUUCCACCUCGGGAUUACCAUCAUCACCGAACAUUUCACUAAAUGUUGGUGCAGCUCAGUCAAAUAACCCCACUCAACAAUCUGUAUUACCUUCAUUAAAUGCGGCUUCAGCUUGCAAGGAAGUUCAAAUGGCAGAGGUUCUGAGAUUAUGUGUUCGGCUGCUUGAUGAUAUUUGUCUAUCACGACUCAUUGUACCCUUCACUGAACUCUUGAAGGCCGGUGGUUCUGCAACCGUAGGUGCCAGCAGCGCUGGUGGAGGUAAUCGUGGAACUGGAGCUAGUGGUUCGGCUUCUAUCGCAACUGCUGCUUGUGUCUUCAUAAUUCAUUUAGCUGCAGCAAACACAAAUGCUUUGGCUGUCUCUUCUAAAACAACUACAUGCACAAGGUGCGCAGCUUCUCGAUCACAACUUGUAUCCAGUGGUCUAGAUAACUCGAAUGGUUCCCCUAGUCAUAAAACAUAUAAUUCACCAUCUGGAUCAUCACACUCAUCACCUUCUUCAUUGUAUGGAUUGUCUCCACCAACUCCUCCUUGCGGUUCUGCUUAUGAGGUUAGCGCGCAUUCUUUAAGCUCCGGGGCAAUUGAUUCACCGACCCUCGGGAACCGAUGUCGUACAAUGCAUCAGAGUCAAAAACACAAUUCAGUUGCGAAUGGACCGUCUAAUGUUCCUGAUGGGGCUGGUUAUUCUAAUUCAUGUUCUGGUAGCCAAAUAAACUCUGUCUGCUGUAGCUCUACUGGUGGUGGUUUCGCUUCCCUCGCUCCGCAUACGGGAAAGCUUUUGGCAGCCCUCUUGUCUGCUCUUCCUGGUGCUUGUCGUCAUCCAAACUCUGCCGGAAAAGUUAUUCAGGAGGAAAUGGCUAGGACUUUAGCCAGUCUUUUACGGUUUGCCAAAGAGACCAGUGUUACAAAACUAUUCAAUCGUGUUCGUUCGUGGUAUUUGCAACCAGAACAAGUUACAGCCAGUUCAGAUGGUGGUGUCCAAGGUUGCAGUAACAUUUCAAUAAGUCACUGGGCAUGUGUUCGCGUGCUACAUGCUGUCGCCCAUCAUUGUCCUGAUCUUUUAUACGCUCAUGCUUGUAUUACUUUACCACUGAUUUUCUUAAGCAAACAGGUUGAAAGUGAGGUUGAAAAGUUAGUUUCUUCCAAAACAAGUAGUGCUAUAUUUCAUUCGAAAAAUCGUAAUGAUGAUAUGAAUUCUCUCCAUACUUACCGCGAAACGAACACAAGUAUGUCUUCCUAUAUUAAGGAAAGCGUAUCAGCCAAAACGAAUUCCAGUGAUCUAGAGAUUUACCAACAGUUGUGGCAAGAGUGCUGGGAAGAGUUACUUUCUCGCAUUCCUUCAGCCCCAUGUUCACCUCAGUCUGUUUUAUUUUGGCCUAAUGCAGUAACAUUGGGUUUAAAAUCUAUUCUUCCACUGGCUACUGGUUUAGCAAAUAGUUUCUUGCGACGACCUCUUUUGGAUCAUUGUACACAACUGUUAUAUGAUACUAUACUUGAGUCUCCUAGCUGGUCAGUACAUACUCAGGCUUCAUUAGCAAUACUUCAACUAGCUACUCGAAUGCUUGGCCAACCAUUUUCCACAGCUCCAAACACAAGUGUUAACAAACACAGAAACUAUGGUCGCACACGCAUAAGACCUGUUCAUGAAACCUCUCCGGCAGCUGCCAUAAAUACAAGUUCAGUCCAAGAUUCACUUAGAUCUGAAGAAAAACAAUAUCGGAAUCUAAAUAAAUGCGGUUCAUCGGGAAUUAAUGAUAACAAAGUUGAGAUUCAAGAAAUGAUGGAACAAAAAAUCUUCGAUUUAGAGGAAAAUGAGAUCAUGAAUAACAAUGACGACGAUGGGUUUUCAGACGAAUUCGAAGAUGAAGUUGAUGAUAUUUUAGUAGAAAAUGAGGAGUCAUCAGUUCAUGCCUGGCUCAUUUUAGCUCAACUAACUGCUACAGCUAUCUGUAAAAGUAAACCUUGGCCUGGAAAGAUUUACUUACUUCGAGCAGCUAGAACAUUAAGUGAAUUUGCUUUGGAGCAACAACACAUUGUCGAAGAACCAGUGAAUCAAGACGUUAUUCAUCAUAUGUGGUGCGCACUUCUACGCGAAACUCAACCAAGACGAGCGGAAGGUAUAAAAACUGGUUACCAAGCUGAAGCUUUCUUGACACUUGCAUCAUUCGCCGAAGCAUGUGGUCGUGAUGCAAUCUCUGUUAAACAUGUCUAUUCAGCUGUUGAUGGAAAUCCCGCCGAAAUAUUUUCAACAGAAUUGCAUAGGGAAUCAGUCGAUCGUCUCACCGAGUUAUUUGUUCUUAUUAUUCCACACUGGUUAAAACGUGGGAAAAAUCCUACACAAAACAGGAACUCGGAAAAUUUGAAAUUAAACAACAAACUUGACGAGUUCGAACUCGAACAGGCUGUCAGAGCUGUUGGGAUUAUGUGGCCACUCAACGUCACGAAAGAACAUUUGCAACGUUUCGCUGAAACAAUAAGUCUCUUGAACACUGUCAUGACUCAGAGUGGGAAACACGUUCAAGUCGCUUGCUUGGCUAGUGCAUUAACAAUACUUGCGAAGCUAAGUCCAGAACAAAGUGCACAUAUUGUUGAUUCUACCGGCAAAUCGGCUUCGAGAUGCUUUUCAGAGUUGGGAUUAAAAGAGUUUCUUGGCAAAUUAAAAAAAUCAGCUGACAAUCAAAAAUCGCAGUUACUCAGAGAGCAUGCUUUGAGGACAGUCGCAGGAAUUCUCAAACAUCCAAGUUUCAUAAACCUCUGCAAGGAUUCAAUUCGUCAACUGUUACAAUCAUUUUCAAAUGAUGGCGUUCAAGCUUUGCGUGAUUGGGCUUCUGAACUUAUGAACUCCCUCUGAUGGACACUACGUAUAAACACUUGCGGUUAAUGAUAUGUUUUGUGUACAAGUCAAUUUCCGAACUAACCACUUAAUAUUUCGGUCAAAGCUUCAAUGGAUGAUCUAAUGACCAACUUGAUUGUACUUUAUAAGAUAUUUCAUUAAAUACCUUGAUUUUUGUGAAACAAGAAGUUUGUUAUAAACUAA